AUGUCUUCUUUGAAAGAAAUCCUCGUGAUAGGAGGCACCGGAGCACAAGGCCAGGAAGUGGUGAAAGCUCUCUCCUCUUCUCAAAGAUACUCCGUCCGAGUUUUAACCAGGAACAUAUCCUCGGAACGUUCCCAGACUUUGGCUUCACUUCCAAACGUGACGCUCAUUCAAGGUAGUCAAGACAACCAGAAAGAUUUACACAGAGCUUUUCACGGUGUAUAUGGCGCAUAUGUCAACACGGACGGCUUCACGCUCGGGGAGAAAGCCGAACUGUUCUAUGGUAUCCGAGCUUACGAAAUUGCCCGCCAUGAAAAGGUCACUCAUUUCAUUUGGGCUAACACGGAUUAUCCCCUGAAGAAGGCGGGAUGGGAUGAAAAAUACCACUGGGGGCAUAACGAUGCGAAAGGACGUGUUGGAGACCUGAUCCUCUCUCACGGCCAGAACGGAAUGAAGUCCUCGCUACUCACCACAGGUCCGUACAUGGAUAUGCUGUUUGAUGGCAUGUUCGUACCCACCAAACAACCAGACGGCUCUUUCAUCUGGGCAAAUCCAGCUCGCGACGGCAAAAUCCCUCUCAUCGCCCUCUCAGACAUCGGAAUCUACGCUCUCUGGCUCUUCGACCACAUCAGCGAAUCCGCAGGCAUGAAUCUAGAAAUUGCAACCGAAUCAAUCAGCUUCCCCACCAUCGCCAAAACAUUCACAGCCGUGACCGGCCUACCAGCAUCUCACAAAUAUCUUCCCCUUGACGAAUACCUGCCACUAGCAGAACCGUAUCCAAACGCGCCUGCGAAUUGGGCCGCGGGUCCUAGUGUUGCGAGAGAUGAGUCGAGUAUGACAUGGCGUGAGAACUUCUCUGCGUGGUGGAGAUUUUGGGGUGAGGGGUGGGGCGAUGAUCGGGAUUUUGAGUUCUUGGAUCGUGUUCAUCCUGGGAGGAUUAGGAGUUUAGCGGAGUGGAUGGAGAAGGUUGGGUAUAGAGGGGAGGGGAAGAGUGUUUUGAAGGGUAUUGCUGAUUUGAAAGCUAAGGCUCAUCAGGCUUGAGUACUACCGCUUUCCAAGCACAAUAGAUGAUCAUUUGUAUGGACUGGACUGGAGUAAUUCAUUUCAAAUAAGAUAUGCUUCUUCUUUGCAUA